CUUUGCUGCAGAAGAUAUAGCCUCUAGAGUUGAGAAUUUGAACAAAAAUAUGGAGUCUCUCCAUACUCGAGCUAGUAGGCGACAGAAUGAUCUUGAGGCCAAUGUCCAGUUCCAACAGUACCUGGCUGACCUUCAUGAAGCAGAAGCAUGGAUUAGAGAGAAGGAGCCUAUCGUAGACAACACUAACUAUGGGGCUGAUGAAGAAGCAGCUGGGGCUCUUCUUAAGAAGCAUGAAGCCUUUCUUGUGGAUCUCAAUGCAUUUGGAAAGAGUAUGCAAGCUCUUCACAGUCAGGCAGAAGCCUGCCAGCAACAGCAGGCUGCUCCAGUAGAGGAUGCUGCUGAAGAAGCGAGGGUUGUGGCUUUGUAUGACUUCCAGGCCCGCAGCCCCCGGGAAGUCACCAUGAAAAAAAAUGAUGUCUUAACACUGCUCAGUUCCAUCAACAAGGACUGGUGGAAAGUUGAAGCUGAUGACCACCAGGGCUUUGUCCCAGCUGUCUAUGUCAGGAAACUGACCCGUGACGAGCUCCCUAGUCUCUCACAGCGGCAGCGAGAAGAGCCUGGCAGCAUCGCCCAGCGUCAAAAGCAGAUCGAGGACUUGUAUCACUCCCUUCUUGAUCGGGCAGAAGAACGCAGACGUCGUCUGUUACAACGUUACAAUGAAUUUCUGCUGGCCUAUGAGGCAGGAGACAUGCUGGAUUGGAUCCAAGAGAAAAAGGCUGAAAACACUGGAGUGGAACUAGACGACGUUUGGGAGCUGCAGAAGAAGUUUGAUGAGUUCCAAAGGGAUUUGAAGACCAAUGAGCCUCGGCUAAGGGAUAUCAACAAGGUAGCUGAUGAUCUGCUGUAUGAAGAUCUUCUAACACCAGAAGGAGCUCACAUCCGGCAGGAAUUAAAUACCCGCUGGGGUUCCUUGCAGAGGCUUUCGGAUGAGCAGCAGCAGCUGCUACGCAGUGCCCAUGCAGUCCAGGUGUUUCACAGAGAAGCAGAUGACACAAAGGAGCAGAUUGAGAAGAAGUGCCAGGCCCUCAAUGCUGCUGACCCCGGCUCAGACCUGAUCAGUGUUCAGGCCCUUCAGCGACAACAUGAGGGCUUUGAAAGAGACCUCAUCCCCUUGGGGGAAAAGGUGACCAGAUUAGGGGCAACGGCUGAGCGGCUCUGUGAGUCCCACCCGGAUGCCACAGAGGAUCUGCAGACUCAGCAAGCACAACUGAACAAGGCCUGGGACCACCUGCAGGGGCUGACAAAGGAUCGUAAAGAGAGCCUGAAUGAUGCUCAGAAAUUCUACCUGUUCCUGAGUAAGGCCAG